CACGCAGGCACGCAGGCACGCAGGCAGACAGACAGACACACGUUGCCCCUGGAUCCACAUCUAUCCCCUCGCCCGUCUUCCCGGAUCAAUACCGACACCGACAUCCGCUGUCCAGACGAGUUCCGUGAAUGCUCGCAGUUCCGGCACCUGGUCCUGGAUCCAUUGGCCCGCCCCUGUGCUUGAAGGCGGUCCUUGUGCGGUGAUCCGGUGUGAGCCCUCGCGUUUCCUUGGUCGGCCUUCGGUGGGCGGGUGUGGUAUGGCGCUCACGGACAUGAUGGGUCAGAACACGGGGUUCUUCAACCCGGCCGGGACCAAGUCCCUGAUCGUGUUUGUGGUGUUGGCCCUGGCCUGGAUCGUGGGCUUCGCCUCGCGAUUGUUCGCCGUCAUUCGAUUCGAGUCCAUCAUUCACGAGUUUGAUCCAUGGUUCAAUUAUCGUUCCACGGCCUACAUGGUCAAACACGGCUUUUAUGAUUUCCUGAAUUGGUUCGAUGAGCGCGCAUGGUAUCCCUUGGGACGGAUCGUGGGCGGCACGGUCUACCCCGGAUUGAUGAUCACGUCCGGUUCGAUCCAUUACGUGCUCUCGCUCUUGAACAUUCCCACCAACAUUCGCGAUGUCUGCGUGUUUUUGGCACCUUUGUUUAGCGGCUUGACGGCGAUAUCCACCUACCUCUUGACCAAGGAGUUGUGGUCUCAAGGUGCAGGGCUAUUCGCCGCAUGUUUCAUUGCCAUCGUGCCCGGCUACAUUUCCCGCUCGGUGGCUGGUAGCUACGACAAUGAAGGUAUCGCCAUCUUCGCCCUCAUGUUCACCUACUAUCUGUGGAUCAAGGCCGUCAAGACGGGCUCGGUGUUCUGGGCCACGUGGUGCGCGUUGGUUUACUUUUAUAUGGUCUCGGCUUGGGGAGGUUAUGUGUUCAUCAUCAACCUGAUCCCCCUUCACGUGUUCGUGCUCAUUCUCAUGAAUCGGUUCUCGCAACGCAUCUAUGUGGCUUACAACACUUUCUUCAUCGUGGGUCUGAUCUGCUCCAUGCAAAUCCCCUUCGUGGGAUUCCAGCCCGUGAAGACAUCCGAGCACAUGGCCGCAGCCGGCGUAUUUGCCCUCCUCCAAGCGGUGGCAUUAUUGAAAUAUCUGCACACGUUCCUCUCUAAGAGUGAAUUCAAGUACUUUUUUUUCCUCACGGCUUCGGUGGCAGCCGCCGUGGUGUUCAGCACUGUUGUGGGUUUGACCUGGAUGGGCGUGAUGUGAGUGAGCAUCAGCCCACCACUUGGUUCUCGUUCUUUUUCGACUUGCACAUCUUGGCGUGUGUCUUUCCCGCCGGACUUUGGUAUUGCUUCAAGCAUGUGAACGAUGAGCGAGUGUUCAUCAUUUUGUACGCCGUGAGUGCGGUCUACUUCGCCGGUGUGAUGGUCCGUCUUAUGCUCACCUUGACCCCGUGCGUAUGUGUGUUGGCUGCUAUAGCCUUCUCCCGAUUGUUCGAGUUGUAUCUCAAGGAGGAGCAGACCACCACCAACGAAAGCGAAACUGAGGACAAAAACGGUCGUCUUUACGACAAGGCUGGAAAAAUUCGACGAAUGCGACACGAGCAACCGUCUUCCAAGGAGGAGGGCUUAGGCAUGAACAUCCGUUCGAUUGUGGUGGUGGCCGUUUUGAUGAUGUUAAUGAUGUUUGCUGUGCAUUGUACCUGGGUUACAUCGAACGCUUACUCAUCACCUUCAAUCGUGUUGGCCUCUUAUAGACCGGACGGUGGUCGCAACAUCUUGGACGACUUCAGAGAAGCCUACUAUUGGUUGUGGCAGAACACAGCCGAGGAUGCCACGGUCAUGUCCUGGUGGGAUUAUGGCUAUCAAAUUGCAGGCAUGGCCAACCGGACCACUUUAGUGGAUAAUAACACGUGGAAUAACUCGCAUAUUGCUUUGGUGGGCAAGGCUAUGUCCUCGAAUGAAACGGCCGCGUAUGAAAUCAUGACCAACCUAAAUGUCGACUACGUUUUGGUCAUCUUUGGCGGAGUGAUUGGCUAUUCCGGAGACGAUAUCAACAAGUUCCUUUGGAUGGUUCGAAUUGCUGAAGGCGAGCAUCCCAACGACAUCCGAGAAAGCGAUUAUUUCACCGAAAGAGGCGAAUUCCGCGUGGACAGCGAGGGAUCGCCCACAUUGUUGAACUGCUUAAUGUAUAAGCUAUCUUAUUACCGCUUUGGCGAUCUCAAGUUCGAUUACCACACGCCCGCCGGAUUCGACCGAACUCGCAAUGCCCAAAUAGGCAACAAGGACUUUGAUUUGACCUAUCUGGAGGAAGCAUACACCUCGGAGCACUGGCUGGUGCGGAUAUAUAGAGUGAAGAAACCCGACGAAUUCAAUCGACCCCGUAUCCCGUACAAUGAACGCAAGAUUAAGCGCAGAAGUUCGAAAUCCGUUUCAAAAAAGAGCUCCUCUAAGAAAAAGAAAGGAUCCAUUAAGCACAAACCGAAGGUGGUGAAAGGACAAAAGCCCACCAAAUGAUGACAAAAACCGAGCGUUACAUUCUUACAACCAGCCUCCAAAUCUCGUGAUAAUCCCCCCCGCCCAUUCCUCCUUCGCGUCCCAAAAUCCGAUUUACCCGCAGAACAUACGGAAAUAUUGCCCGACAUCCUGGCCACCACCACCACCA